UAUAUAGUUUGAGCUGAGAGUCGCAGUCAGUGGUGAACAUAGAUUUCUGAUCGAUCAUCGCCAACUGACCAAGUCUGGCUUUGAAGUUGAGCGCUCAGUCAUCAGCGAGAAGGCAGCCUAGCGUGUAUCAUUGAAGAAGUGUAGGAAUGGACGGGUAGUAACUACCCGUAGCUUCCAAUAUACUUCUUAAGAGUGUUGAUAUAUAUGUUUUACUUGAUGACAAAUGUGAUUUAUAUAUUAAUAUUUGGACGUACUGUAUUCGACCGGAAUUUGAAAUGUGUAUAGACAAUGGCCGAAUCUCCAAACAGUGAUAGAAGUCACAGCCACGCAACAACUGACAAUAAAGGCAGUCCGGCAACAUCAAUUCACGGCGACGUUUUGUCCCGGAUUAACGAAAGUUUUCACGAAUCAAAAGCAAACCAGAUCUUCCGACUUCUACAAGAUCAGGAAAAGCUUAGCAAAGUAUUUACACCAAAACCUGUUCGAGGAAAACCAGCACACAAGGAAGAAGACGACGACAGUGACGAUAGUCUGAGUGAAGAUUCUUUAAAGGAGACGGAAAAACGACUUUCAGUUCGGUUAUCGUUACACAGACAAAAAGGUGGUAGGUCGAAGUCUUCUAUGGGAUUUUAUCAUAAUGGUGAUGAUAUAAGUUCUGACGACGACAACGAGAAAACAAACGAAAUGGCAGAACAGGAAAGGCAGAUAAAUACGAGGAUAAACAGGCCUAAAUCUAGCUAUGUAAGAAGAUCUACGAUGUGUCAGAGUUUUGGUGACAGUGACGAUGAAUCGCGUCCUCAGGUUCGCCCUAAAUCACGUUGUGGGGUUCGAAGCGGUGAUCCGCGGAGCCGUCGAAUGGUUCUUAAAGAAACCAGUUACAAUCACCAACAGGAAACUCCCACGAGGGAGUCGUUGGAUGCGGAUCUCGGCAAAGAUUCUGCGGACGGAACACGGAAUUACGAUAAAUACGCAAAUACACGAUAUGCGCCAACGACUGGUUUGAUAAGGCAGCGGUCAAGGAUCAGAGGAUUUUGUGAUACCAGCAUGGCGACCGAUAUGUCUGUGUCCUCUUCAAAUACCGACUCUGCUAAUAACUGUCAAAUACAGGAACAGACGACAGUUCUUUCUAUAGACCCCCAAGACUCAGCACGAGAGUCUUCUCCUAUACAAAAACACCGAAGGCAACAACUGAAAUCCGCGCGGUCGAAUAGACCGACGUCUGAAAACGUGUUCUUAGUACGACAACGGACGGAAUCACGUCUUUUAAGGGGUUCCCAUACGACAACGUCGAGGCCCAAAUCUGAUAAAACUUUACUGAAUGCCUCAGGGAAUGCCAAAUCACUCUUGUCUAUUGACAUGAGUCCAAACCAGGGUCCAACGCCCUCAAAGACAUAUCAGACACAGCAGGCCCCUAUAAACACACUUACGCAACAACAAAGGGUUCAACGGGACAGCUACGACCGGAAACCGCAAUCGAGACCGGUCUCCCGUAGGAGUUCUAUCCGAGCAGAAGGGUCGGGGCCCGUUCGGGGUACCACCAAAAACAUGUCUGUGUAUGGGGGCAGGGCACAGGCCAUCGGACUAAUGAAACUUCCCCCUCUAGAUCCGGCCGUGAGUCAGCGAGCCGAACGUUCGCUAGUCAUCCCUACAGGAGAAACAUGUGCUUAGGUAAUCAUAGACACUGCCACGUACUUCCUUACCAAAAUGUGCACAAAGUACUUCCGGUUCCAAAUUACGGGAAAGAUUGCAGAAAGGAAAUCUUAAGGGAAGUUUAGGAACGGACUACCAUAUUUUUCUGGCUUGAGGUAUAAAUUCAGUGUUGUGCCAUGCACAGUACUUUCAGGUUGGACAAUACAUAUGGGGACUCCUUAGUUCUUAAGAAAGCACCCCGAAAAUACAGGAAGAUUACUUUUUAUUUAUUUCCAUGCAUGGAACAGUCAUAUAUAUGCCUUGUAAUAUUUUCAGAACAUUUUCAAAAUGUCUCUCUCAUAACAUUUGUCUUCGGGAACUUCAAUUCUUAAAGCACAUUUAUGGAUUGAAAAUCUAUUGAAGAUAUUAUCAAUUCCUAUGACGUUCGAUGACAUGAAAUGCUUGAUUUCAACUCUUUCAGUCUGUAUAGCGGAAUAUGUAUAAACAAAUCAUAUCUGGUUCCGGUGUGCAAUUACCAUUGACUGGCGGAAAUCAUGUGAUCAUUACCGGAAGUGACAGUGGAAUCGCGAAUGUUUCACUUGCCCAAAUAAGAGUGACUGAUGGAUUUAUAAUGAACCGAUGAUUAAUAAGGGCAGGUACGUUGAAUGACGCAUUUCCGUUCAUUCAAUCAUGAAUAUUUAAUGCAAUAUUGGAAGAAAAUGUUUUAGCUUAUUGGUCUGUCAUUGGAAAGAGAAAAGAUAACUAAUUACUUAUUCAAAACCAAAUAUAACAUCAAUGAUUACGUUGUUUAUCUAUUCUCGCUUCCCAUAGCCAUUCCUUACCCAAGGUAAAUCGUCGACUGUUCUGAAAACAAACCGGCAACUUCGUUUCAAUUGAUAUAGCUAGCUUCUAAAAACAGCAAGCGAUAUUGGCCGUUUACAACAGAUUGUCAGACAAAUAUAAUUCUUUGCUUUCAAUUUCAAUGUUAUGAUUGAAAUUUAAGUACUUGUUUCAAACCAUAUUUCUUGAUUAAACACUUUAAGAAAUGUU